AUGGCUCCAUCUAAAGAGGCACCUACCUCCGAGCCAGAAACAAAGAAAAAAGCCCCCAAUGCUGAGGAAGAACUCAACGAGGAAGACCAGAAGUUGAAAGACGACUUGGAGCUUUUAGUGGAAAGAUUGUCGGAACCAAACCAGGAUCCAAAGUUAUACGCCCAAUAUUUGAACACAAUGAAGACGUUUAUCAAGGAAUCCACCACCUCCAUGACUGCGGUACCUAAACCAUUGAAGUUUUUGCGUCCACAUUACCCAUUGAUGACGGAAUUGUACGAGAAAUGGCUGACUUCAGACCUGAAGUUUCCCAACGACCUUUUGUUGCAGUUUGCCGACGUGCUCUCGGUGCUUGCAAUGACCUACUCAGACGCUGGCAAGCGUGAGUCCUUGAAGUACCGUUUGUUGUCGUCCGACGACACAAUUGGCGAUUGGGGCCACGAAUACAUGCGUCAUUUGGCUUUGGAGAUUGGUGAGGCAUACCAAGAACGCUUGGGCUCUGAUGAAGUAUACAUUGCCCGCUUAGUGGAUUUGUCUUUGCAGAUCGUGCCAUUUUUCUUGAAACACAAUGCCGAGGCCGACGCCGUUGACUUAUUGUUGGAGAUCGAGCACAUUGAAAAGUUGCCCCAGUUCUUGGACGAUUCCACUUACAACAGAGUGUGUCUCUAUAUGGUGAGCUGUGUGCCCCUCUUGGCUCCUCCAGAUGAUACGGCAUUCUUGCACACGGCCUUCUCCAUCUACUUGGCCCACGGUCAAUUGACCCAGGCAUUGACUUUGGCCAUUAAAUUGGACAAUGAGGCCUUGAUCAGCCAGGUUUUUGGACUGACUGAAGAUGCCUUGGUGCACAAGCAGUUGGGAUUCAUUUUGUCACUGCAGUUCAACCGUUUCAAGUAUCCUGGUGAAAACGAUGAGGUCCAAGAGACCAUUUCCAAUGUCAAGUUACCCGAAUUCUAUGCCUACUUGGUUAAGGAAUUGAACUUGUUGGACCCCAAGGUUCCUGAGGAUAUCUAUAAAUCACACUUGGAAGAUCUGAAGUACUCGUAUGGCCCAGGCUCCAUUGACUCUGCCAAGCAAAAUUUAGCUGCGUCCUUCGUUAAUGCCUUCAUUAACUUGGGUUACGGCUCCGAUAAAUUGGUCUUGCAGUCUGGUGAAGAAGAGAGCAAGUCAUGGAUUUACAGAACUAAGGGCGCUGGCAUGAUUUCCUCCACCGCAUCCAUCGGUUCUCUCUACCAGUGGAACAUCGAUGAUGGUUUGCAGGCCCUUGACAAGUACACAUACUCUUCUGAGGACGAAAUCAAAGCUGGUGCUCUUUUGGGAACCGGUAUUGUCUCGGCAAACAUCCAUGACGAGGCCGAGGCUGCGUUGGCUUUGUUGCAGGAAUAUGUUACGGACCCUAAGAAAGUCAUCCAGGCCUCUGCCAUCAACGGCCUUGGAAUUGCCUUUUCCGGCUCUGCAAACACUGACGUGUUGAAUUUGCUCUUGCCUUUGGUUUCUGACGUUGACCAGCCUUUGGAAAUCUCAUGUUUGGCCGCCUUGGCUCUUGGACAUGUUUUCGUCGGUACCUGCCAAUCUGAAAUUAGCUCAGCUCUCUUGCAAACUUUGUUGGAGCGCGACUUCGUUCAAUUGAGUAACAAAUUCAUCAGAUUUAUGGCUUUGGGUCUUGGUUUGUUGUACAUGGGUAAGACUGAGAUGGCUGAAGAGGUUUUGGAUGUCAUUGAUGCUAUUGAGCACCCUAUUAACAAGACUUUAAAGGUGUUGGUAAACAUCUGUGCAUACGCAGGUACCGGAAACGUCUUGCAAAUCCAGUCUUUGUUGCAGAUGUGCUCUGCAAAACCAAAGGAGGAUCUCGAAGAGGAAAGAAAACUCGAGCAGAGUGAAGACCAAUUGCCUCAGGACGAAAAGGAAUCAACAGAUGCCCCGGCCAAUGGCGACGAUCAAGAUAUGGAAGAUGUACCAGAGGUGAAGACUGAGGAGAAAACCGAGGUCAAAGACGAAUCAAAGGAUAAAGACGAUACUACUGCCGAGGAUGAGGAAGACGAUGACGAGGAGGAGUUGUACCAGGGAUUUGCCGUUUUAGGUCUCGCAUGCAUUGCCAUGGGCGAAGAUAUUGGUCAAGAUAUGGUGUUGCGUCACUUCUCUCAUUUGAUGCACUAUGGAAAUCCGUUGAUCCGUAGAUCGGUUCCGUUGGCCAUGGGUCUUGUUUCCGCAUCAUACCCUCAGAUGAAGGUUUUCGACACACUUUCCCGUUACUCACAUGACCCAGACUUGGAGGUCACUCAGAAUGCUAUCUACGCUAUGGGAUUGGUUGGUGCCGGUACCAACAAUGCUAGAUUGGCGCAGUUGUUGAGACAGUUGGCACAAUACUAUUCCAAGUCCCCUGACUCGUUAUUCAUGGUAAGAAUUGCACAGGGUAUUUUGUACUUGGGUAAGGGUACCUUGUCAUUGACUCCUUUCAACAUUGAACGGUCCAUUUUGAACAAAGUUUCUUUGGCAUCAUUGUUGACUGUGUCUGUUGCAAUGCUAGAUCCAAAGCUGUUCAUCUUGAGCGAUUCUGCUACAGAAACCUCUCACCAAUUGUUGUACUACUUGACUCCGGCAAUCAAGCCAAGGAUGUUGAUCACUGUUGACGAAGAGUUGAAUCCAAUUAAGGUCAAUGUUAGAGUUGGUCAGGCUGUGGAUGUUGUUGGCCAGGCUGGUAAGCCCAAGACUAUUACUGGAUGGGUGACUCAGGCCACGCCAGUGUUGUUGAACUACGGAGAGAGGGCCGAGUUAGAGAAUACCGAGGAAUGGAUCAGUCUAUCUCACACUUUGGAAGGCAUUGUUAUUUUGAAAAAAUCGCCAGAUUACAUGGAAGUGGACAACUAG